AGAGAUCUACAGCACAGAGAUACAGACAUGACACCUACAAUCAUCUCAGACGAGCAUCUCCAUCUCAACAACAAGCUGAGAAAGCCAAUCGUAGAGAAGAUGCGAAGAGAUCGUAUCAACAGAAGCAUCGAGCAGCUCAAGGCUCUUCUGGAUCCAGAGUUCCUCAAGCAGCAGUCUGAUUCCAAGCUGGAGAAAGCAGAUAUACUGGAGAUGACAGUCAGCUUCAUGACACACCAGCAGUCUGUUCUGGACUCCAGUUCACAUGCUGUCAAUCAAGGCUUCUCCAGGUGUGUCCAUGACAUUGUGCACUUUCUGUCCACACAUGACACACAGAAGACACAGAGAAGACUGCUGAAGCACUUCCAGAACCUGCAGACACCAUCUGAACAGAUCAGGAGAGAAAGUGUCCUGCCUCAGCUGAGCUCCACACACCACAACACCAUCAACAAAGAGAUGAAUGUCAACAAGAGCGCCAUCUGGAGGCCCUGGUAGACACCUACAACUACCGAUAACACACUGAACGUCUACAUUAGACAACAUGAACAAUUCUCUUUUUGAGAAAAGAUUGAUCAUCAGAUCCAGUUUGGAGAAGAUAUUUGUACUGUAUUAGUACACUGAGGAUUCCGUCUUCAAUGAAGACUCAAUAUUCAAGGAACACUACAAUAGUAUUCUUAACAUUUUGCUACAAAAUUUAUAUUUUUUUGCAUUUUUUUGUUAAAUGAUUUUGUAGUUUAUCUUUGUCCUUAAGAACACUAUGAAAGUCACGGACAUAUUAUUAAUAAUUAAAUCUUUAAUUUGUGAUUUGAUUAACAUUUAAUCAGAUUAAUUUGCUUUAAUGAAGGCAGAUACUAACGGUAACAAUUUCCAUUAAGGAAAAAAUACAUUGUUUUCAUUUUUUAAAUGAAAUAGUUUGUCUACAUUGAUUUCCAUUUUUGAGGAAAUUGGUAGAAUAAUUGUUUUCAGGUGGUAAAAAUAUUUAUAUACUGUGAAGUAUAAAGUUUUUUACUUCCAUGAAGACUCAAUGAUUUCAGACGUUGUAUUCUGAAUAUACUUUUAAGGCUAUGUUGAUGACUGAGAUCUAAAGAUGUUUAUGUUUCAGUCGAAAGAUCAACAUUGAAUAUUUUAUUUUCCCUUUGUAAGGAAUGUUUAAAUGAUUUAUUGAAAAUGUGAUACAUUGUUAUCAUGAUAUUUUAAUGUCCGUAACACGGUGCAACUGUCUUUUAUAAAGACAUUAGUUCAUCAUAUGAACCACGUUCUGUUUUAAGUUCCUGU